GUUCAAUUUGAACUAAAUGAAAUCACUUAUUCUAUUUUUAAUCGAAAAAAUGUUAGAUCUCACAAGUGCCAAUCACAAGGUUUGGUGGGAAGAUGGCCAGCUUCCAUUUGACCAUAUACCGUUCGUUCAAGUGAACCAUAGGGUCUACGAUUGUCGUCAUGGGGUAGAUAGGCAUUCAAGCCAAAAGAAGAAAAACAGAACAAUAAUAGAUAUAUUAUUCAUCUCAUUCUCAUGUAAUCUUGGUUUCUUUCUUCUUCAUGAAUUUCUUCAGCUGCCUUUCCUUUUAGGUAUUAAAGAGCAAACGGUUUGGCGACAAAAAACGAUGUCGAAAAAACUUAGGGAAUGCUUACAAAAAGGUGGAAAUGCCAAUGGAGAAAGGUGGAUCCAUAUCCAGUUGCCUUGCCUAUCUGAGCACAAAACUCACCCUAUAGGAAGCGUAAGGAUAUAUUUAGUCCUAGUUUUUGUACGGUGCAAGUCAAUGUCUUGCUAUAUUGUUUUUAAACCUUACGUUUUAUAA